AUGGCUCCCACCGUCCUCCACCUGCGCUCCGAGGACAAGCCGCUCGAGCACCGCAGCGCACUCACCCCGACCACCGCGAAGGCACUGAUCGACGCCGGCUACACCGUCAACGUCGAGAAGAGCCCCGUCCGCAUCUUCGACGACGAAGAGUUCUCUAAAAUUGGCGCUACCCUCGUACCUACCGGAAGCUGGCGCGAUGCUCCCAAAGAACACAUCAUAGUCGGGCUGAAGGAGCUCCCCGAAGAAACCUUCCCCCUCAAGCACGUACACGUCCAAUUCGCGCAUGUCUACAAGAACCAGGGCGGCUGGGAAAACGUCCUAGCUCGCUUCCCCCGCGGCGGCGGCACGCUCCUCGACCUCGAAUUCCUCCAGGACCCGGAGACGGGACGGCGCGUGGCAGCCUUCGGAUACUCGGCGGGCUUCAGCGGCAGUGCGCUGGCCCUCAAGAGCUGGGCCUGGCAACUCACGCACCCCAACGAGCCUCUGCCGGGCGUCGAGAGCUACCCCAACGAGGACGCGCUGAUCUCUGACGUGAAGGCGGACCUCGCCGCCGGCAAGGAGAAGGCCGGCCGCCUGCCGCGCGUCAUCGUCAUAGGAGCGCUGGGCCGCUGCGGACGUGGCGCCAUCGACAUGUGUCUCAAGGCCGGCGUGCCGAAAGAGCAGAUCCUCAAGUGGGACAUGGCCGAGACAGCGAAGGGCGGGCCCUUCAAGGAGAUCACCGAGAGCGACGUGUUCGUGAACUGCAUCUACCUCGCUUCCAAAAUACCCCAUUUCGUCAACGUCGAGUCGCUGAAGACGCCGGGCCGCCAGUUGAGCGUCGUCUGCGACGUCUCGGCCGAUACCACGAACCCCAAUAACCCGAUUCCCAUCUACACCGUUGCGACGACGUUCAAGAAACCCACGGUGCCUGUUGAAGGGCUCGAUGGGGGUCCUCCUUGCAGCGUCAUCAGCAUCGACCACCUUCCCAGCCUGCUGCCGCGCGAGUCGUCGGAGGCCUUCAGCGGCGACCUGCUGCCGCAUCUGCUCAAGCUGAACAACUGGCGCAACGAACCUGUGUGGUCGAAUGCGGAAAAGCUAUUCCAGGAGAAGGUGGCCUCUCUGCCCAAGGAGGUGUUGAACUAG